AUGGCUCCCUUUCGGCUAGACGAGGGCUUCUCCGAAGAUGCAUCAAGUCAGGAUGAGCAUGGGCGCAUGUCUGUGGCCACAGCUGCCCGCUUUCAAGAAUGGGUCAUGGCACAGAAUGAGCAGGCCCGCGCCGAGAUUGCAUACGAAGUUUUACGGACACUACGGACCUCUAACAUUGUGGCUGUGGUUGAAAGGCUGACGCCGCUCCUCCAUAUUGAUCCGUUGGAGAAACUGCCCCCGGAGAUCACGUCACAAAUAUUCUCCUAUCUGGAUGCCGAGACUCUGUUGACUGCGUCUCUGGCGUCAAAGACAUGGAGGGCACGUAUCAUGGACACUAUGCUGUGGCAAGACCUGUACAAGAAGGAGGGAUGGGGUCUAGACACAAAGGAGAUCAGGCAAUUUGAGAGCGCACUCAUGCGACAAGAGUUUAAAAAGGCAAGAGCGCAGCUGCCCGGUCAGCCCCAGCUGAAGAAGCGAGCAACCUCUGACUGGAUGGAGUCAAGAGGGCGGAAAGUCUCUGCGGACGUAUCUCAGUGGCGCGAGCAGCAUGGGGUAAUUGAGGCCGACACAGACAUGCAAUCCGAGUCGACCGAUGACCAAGAGAUGCAAGAUGCUCCCAGUAGCAUUCAUAACUCUCCACAGCGGCCAAAUAAGAGACAUAGUCAAGACUCGGGCGAUGAGAUGGACUAUUCGUCGGACGCGGUCAAUGGUGAUGAUGCUCGGUCGGCGAGCAGAGCCGUCCACUCCCUCGACCCUCCGAUCAAGUCGCGGCUUGUCACCUAUGAUAGCAAUGGGGAGGAGAAAGUGAACUGGACUCAUCUGUACAAGCAGCGCCAGAAAUUGGAACAGAAUUGGACCAAGGGUCGAUAUACAACGUUCCAACUACCUCACCCCUCAUAUCCUCAGGAAGCACAUACCGAGUGUGUCUACACCAUCCAAUUUUAUGGGAAGUGGUUGGUAAGUGGCAGUCGGGACAAGACGUUGCGAAUUUGGGAUCUCGAGACCCGUCGGCUAAAGGGGAAGCCUCUAACUGGCCACUCUCAAUCCGUUCUAUGUCUCCAAUUCGACCCAACAGAGAAAGAAGAUGUCAUAAUAUCCGGCAGCAGCGACGCCAGCGUCAUCAUCUGGCGAUUCUCAACGGGCCAGAAGAUCCACGAAAUCCCGUCUGCGCAUGAAGAAUCCGUUCUCAACUUGAGAUUCGAUCAUCGGUAUUUGGUCACCUGUUCCAAAGAUCGACGCAUCAAAAUUUGGAACAGAAAGACCUUGGCCGUUACGGAUAAAGACUAUCCUGAAAUUAGACGCGACAGCCAGGCACGGGUGCCAUCAUACAUCGUUAACACGGCGGACAUGGAGCCAUCUCUCCUAGAAGCCAGGAUCGCCAACGGCCAGAUCCGAGCCUUGAAACCAUACAUGCUUCUGCUGACCCUCGAAGGGCACAGUGCCGCCGUCAACGCCAUCCAGAUCAAUGGUGAUCUCAUCGUGUCUGCGUCCGGCGACAGGCUCAUCAAAGUCUGGAAUGCCAAGGACGGAAGGCUGCUGCGAACGUUACAGGGACAUCAAAAGGGAAUCGCUUGCGUCCAGUUUGACAGCAAACGAAUCGUGAGUGGAAGUAGUGACAACACUGUCAGAAUAUAUGACCCUUAUACCAGCGCCGAGGUUGCAGAGCUCAAAGGGCACACUAAUCUUGUGCGGACCGUGCAAGCUGGUUUUGGUGAUCUACCGGGAAGUGACGAGGAUGAUCCGGCUAAAGCCAGAGAGGCUGAGAGAAAAUACCUUGAAGACGUUGUGCAUGGUGUUAUUGUUGAAGAUAGAGGACACAAUCGGCGCCUCAGGGUUGGUCCUGCUGGAACGUCGCGGCUUGCGCUUGGCUCUAGGUUACCGCCCGGUGGAGGUGGCAGCAAAUGGGGUCGGAUCGUCUCAGGCUCGUACGACGAGACAAUCAUCAUAUGGCGUAAGAAUUCUGCGGGCGAUUGGGUUAUCGGACAAAUGUUGCGUCAAGAGCCGCCGUCCCAAUACCAAGACACCAACUCUCGACCCCGACACAACGCUGCCGCUGGUCAAACUCCUGCGCAAAACCAUCCGCCAGCAGCAAUGCAUCCUCCUCCUGCCGCGGGUCAGCUUGCAGCGUCGCUACCGCCUGAACCAAUCCAACUGCCGCCUAUCAGGAGCAUACUGCAAGCCGAGCCUCCUCAUCCUGCUUUUGCUACGGCAUCGCAAAUUGUCUCGCAAGCAAUGGGGACAUCGAUCGCUGGUCUCGGCGCCGGCCUUUCCAACGUCAUGAACAUAGGGAGAGUGCUGAAUGCAUCGGUCGGCCCUGGUGCCCCGCGGAACGGUCUGAACCUCACUGGCGGCUUCAGCUCCAGCUCUACGAUGAACGGGAACAGUGCGCAAUCUCUGGCACAAGCUACAGCGGCGCAGGCUGUCUCUCAAAUCGUGCAGAGUGCAAUCAUACAAGCACGGUCACAGCAAGCACAGAAUCAGCAGUCGUCAAACGCCAAUGUUGGACCACCGACGAAUGGUCAACCCCAUGCUCAGCAGCAACAACAACAGCAACAACAACAAAACCCGCUUCCACAUCAUCCUGCUCCUCCUCAUCCCCCAGUAGGACCGUCGCCCGCAGCUGCUACAGCGCAACAACAGUUAGCUCAACAACAACAACCCCAACAACCACAGCCCCAGGCAAACCAAGCUCAGGCUCCAGGCAAUAACCAAGUUGCCGCCGCCAAUGCAGACGCCAAUGCCACCAACGCUGCAAACCAAUUACCCGUCUCUCGCGUGUUCAAAUUGCAAUUCGACGCCCGACAAAUCGUGUGUUGCUCACAAGACAGCAGAAUUGUCGGGUGGGACUUUGCCAACGACGAUCCCGAGAUUAUUGAAGCCUGUAAAUUUUUCGUUGGCCCUUAA